AUGGGAACUAAGCAACCUAGGAAUUACCGGCGUCGCUGUAACGAUGAAAUCGACGGUGAAGAUGCAACCGCCGCGGCGAAACCUUCCUCUUCUGAUCUUUACCCGGCGAAACCUUCCUCUUCUGAUCUUUACCCGUGGAAACGUAGAAAGCUCCCGGCCAUUCCCACGAAGAACGACGACGAUGCGAAGGGCAGAGACCAUGCCAAAUCCUCUUGGCUGCUCGACUUAUCAAGGGGGGACGAAUUUUAUACGCAAGAGCAGAUGCAGCAGCGUUUGAAGGAACAUAGUCAGGAUGAGAGGCCCAUGGAGAUAGUAUUCAACGGUGAGCGAGUGCGCAGCAUUGGUAUGGAUGGUUUGUCUUAUGUCUUCGUCUGUCCGAUGCCGCAAACAGCUGAUGAUAAGAUGGCUGCGCUUGAUAGAAUAUGCAAUGCUUAUGAUGAAAGAGUGAAUUCGCGUAUGCCACAGGAGCAACCGCAGAUGUAUGCCGGGAGACCAGAGGAGCUUGCUAAGGAACCUGAUGAGAAUUUGACUAUGAGCAUCGCAGCUGCUGAAAGUUGUCCAUCUGCUCCUGUUUACAAGUAUGCCUCUUUGCAGGAAAUCAGUGACUUCAAAUCUGUUUUCCGCAACUUUAUGCAGGGAAUAUGUGUUGCAUUUGUCUGUGUAUCUGGUGCUUUCAUUUCCAUCAAACGGCUGUUGUCAAUCUUCUUUCUUUCGCAGAAAAACGGUUACUUAAUCACGGCAAUUGAAGAUCAGAUGAAGGUUGAUGGAUAUUCCCUGAUAGUAGAAGGAGACUCAAGCACCGAUGAUGAGAGUGACUGUGAGACUUCAGCUUAUGAGGAGGCACGAGAUAGCUUACUUCAGCGUGCCGACAAAAUCUUUAGUGAUGCAUCUGUGGUGUACUCCGAGCUUUCAAGGGUGAAGUCGAUAUUUAAAAGGGGUGCGCGACACCCUUCACCUGCUUUCCGGGCUGCUUACACGUCUUUGACCGUUCCUUCCAUGUAUUCACCUUAUCUAAGACUGGAGCUUUUGAGAUGGGAUCCUCUUCAUCAGGAUGUCGAUUUCUCUGACAUGAAUUGGCAUGGACUGCUGUUUCAUUCUAGGAUUGUGUGUGGUUCUACACCAGUUUGUACUAAUCCCAACUUUGUAUCUGAGCUAGUGAAAUAUGUUGCGGUUCCCAUUUUGCACCAUCGGAUAGUUCGUUGCUGGGAUAUACUUAGCACCAGGGAGACGAGAAAUGUUGUUGCUGCUACAAGCUUGGUGGCAAGAUAUGUUUUUCCUUCGAGUGAGGCCCUAGCGGAACUUUCUCUUGCUAUUCAUGCUCGCCUUGUUGAAGCCAUUAUAGCUAUUAGUGUUCCAACAUGGGAUCCUCAGGUAUCAAAGGAUGUACCUAAUGCUCCACAAGUUGCAGCAUAUAGGUUUGGGACAUCAGUCCGUCUUAUGAGAAAUAUUUGUAUGUGGAAAGACGUCAUGGAGCUUCCGGUCUUGGAGAAGUUGGCUCUGAGUGACCUUUUGUUUGGAAAAGUUUUACCUCAUGUCAGAAGCAUUGCAUCAGAAUCAAAUAUCCAUGAUGCUGUGACAAAAACUGAAAGGAUCGUUGCUUCUUUGUCUGGAGUAUGGACUGGACCAAGUGUCACAAGAACCCACAGUCAUCUGCUGCAACCCCUUGUGGAUUGUACUCUGACACUUGGAAGAAUACUCGAGAAAAAGGUUUGCCUCGGGACUGGUCGAUACGGAAACCACUGGUCUCGCCCGCAGGUUAAAGAAAAUACUUGUUGAGCUCCAUGAACAUGGACACGCUGAGGAAAUUGUCAGAUCAUUCAGUCUCUAGGAGGAUGUUGAUCUCCAGCUAACCGAUCCGUUUUCCGUAAGGAUAAAAGUUAUUUAACAAUGAAUUCGGAUUGGAUGUUGAUCUCCAGCUAACCGAAACCGUUUUCCGUAAGUGACCCAAAAUUAAGGCCCAAACGUGACCCAUUAUUUCCUAAGUUGUUGUGUCGAGAAAGACAAAUUGGGCCGAUGUUUUUAAGUUGCGGUGACGAAUUGAUUGAGAGAGAGGGACAAAAUGGUGUGACAAAUGGAUGUAUUUAUUUGAUUUUUUUUUUUUGCAAUUAGCAA